UUAAGCCCAAAUUUUAUCUUAUUAUCCAUUCUGCCCACCCACACAGCUCAGCCAAUGGCAGCCGAAGGACCGUUGAAUUGAAUUCAUUCCCAUUUUCCUUCCACUCAAUAGCCACCAACUAAUCACAUUUUCUCCGCCGUUGAUUUCACUUCAACAACCACCAUGAUUCCCGCCAUGGAUCUUCGUCUCCUCCACUCUUCUCCCUGCUUCUCCGCCGUUCGAUUCCCUUCCCCUACACCUCUCUGCAGACGAUUGUUCAUAGUGAGGUCGAGUCUUCCUUUUCCAAAUGAGAAAGCCAAGUACCACAAAGAACUUGAAGCGGCGGCGGAGGUGGUCGUGAGAGCUUGUCGUCUUUGCGUUGACGUGCAAAGGUCUCUGUUCUCUGAUGAAGGACGAAUUAUCGAAAAGAAUGACCAAACUCCGGUCACAGUGGCUGAUUUUGGAGUCCAGGCUCUUGUUAGUUUAGAGUUGAGUAAAUUGUUCCCUUCAAUUCCAUUGGUGGCGGAAGAGGACUCUGGUUUUUUACGUUCGAACAAUCUGGUUGAUCCUGUAGUAAGUGCAAUAUCUGAUAAAACGAGCUUUGAUGAGGAAUCACUGUCACAUGCUGAUGUGCUGGAAGCAAUUGACCGAGGGGGCAAGAAUUAUUUUGGUUUUGGAACAAAACCAGCCACAUAUUGGAUACUGGAUCCAAUUGAUGGCACUCGAGGGUUUGUAAAAGGAAGUCAGGCCUUAUAUGUGGUAGGUUUGUCUCUUGUAGUUGAAGGAGAGAUCAUGUUAGGUGUCAUGGGCUGCCCUAACUGGGUUGUGGAUACUUCUUACAAGUCUACCACUGAUGUCCAAGGUUAUAAAAACAGUUCACCUGGAUUGGGGAUCAUUAUGGUUGCUCAUGUUGGCUGUGGAACUUGGACAAAGAGAUUAAAGGAUAUUCUUGAUAGCUCAACUAAAAUUUCAUCUGACUGGACCAGAUGCUUGGUUGAUGGUUGUUGCUUGGUACCCAAAGCCCGCUUCUGUAUUCCAGAGAGUCAAACAUGGGAGUCAUUGCCAUUAUCAAUUUUGUAUGAAGCAAGAACUGAUGAUGAUGAUAUUGGGGAUAAGGAAAUUCGUCUUUUGCCCACAUGUUGCGGAAGUUUAUGCAAGUACUUAAUGGUGGCUUCAGGUCGGGCAUCUGUUUUCAUUCUUCGAGCAAGGUCUCAAACAGUUAUCAAGGCUUGGGAUCAUGCUGUUGGUGUGAUAUGCGUUCAUGAAGCUGGAGGAAAGGUGACAGACUGGAAAGGAAGUGAACUUGAUCUCGCUGCAGAUCAAGCUGAACGGAGGAUCAUAUAUCCUGCAGGUGGGGUUCUUGUGACUAAUGGCAACAUCCAUAAUCAGAUACUGGAGAUGAUAUCUUCCAUUUCAACAGUUGUUUGACACUGAACCAUACGGUAAUGUAUUCCUAUACUGUUGUUCGAUUCUUUGAAUACCAUUCAGGUUUCAAUAGAUCCUGCCUUUUGUAGAUGAACACUUAGUCUCAUUCACAGGAGUAAAUUGAAAAAUGAAAUUAUUCCGAUAUUACCAUUAGAUUGUCAAAAGAAGGAAUUUCUUCUAGGCAAGUGUAAUGUAUAAUCAGUGCUGAUGCGUGUCUUCUUUUAUUGUAAUACUUGUAGUCUUUUAAUUGAAGGGAAUGUGAAUUUUGUCAAAUACACCUUUUGAGCAGCCUUUCGAAAAGUUUAGCUUGUGAAAAUUUAUGAAAAGGUGUUAAUAGGAACGGUGUUUGCCCCAUUCUUAUAUAUUUGUACUAAACUCACUGAAGUUGCAAGAAAUGAUGGUGCUGCUCAAUGUUUGCUUUCUGUGUUUUAUUCAUCCUGUAAUUAUGUCUUGUUUUGCAUUGACAAUUCGAGGUGUCUAAUAACAUUCUUGAAUUAAAAUUACUAUAUGUUGGUAACUCUGUAAUUAAGCUUCCCUUCCUAUUAGCUGAUGGUACCUAGGCUGUGGGUAUUCAUAAAAUAAAUGUAGGGCAGCCUAUGAAUUCAUUCAAGAGCCUCAAAUGUUCCCAUUUGCCAACUACGAGAGCCGAAGUCGGUGUUGAGGGACCCAUGUUGAUCAGAAAACCAUUGAUGAACUAAAGUGAUAUAAGUUACAAGGAAGAUAUUUUUGUCCUCAUUGUUAAACUAUAACCUUGGCCAAAUAUCUUCUAAGUUAAAAUUUUCACGAGUCGAACCUUAUUUUACCUCACCAGGCAGCUAGUGGAUUGUCAAGGUCAAC